CCCCCCGUAAGCUGCCCCCCCCCAACAGUAUCCAAAAUGAAAUACUGAGAAUGGAAUCACUGAGAAUGAAAAUACUGAAAAUGGAAUUACUGAAAAUGGCCACAGGGGUACUCUGCACUGAAUGUGUAUUCCCUUUCCCUCUCCUGACAGUUACCCAGGUACCUACCUCUUGCAACUAAGGGGUGAUUACCUCCUUGUAGUCCUAUCUAUCACCUCUUUAUUUUUCCGUAUGACCUAAAGUCAUCGAGCUGCAGCUCUAUUUCCUUUACACUGUGACUGUCUAAGAAGCUGAAGCUUGGUGCACUUCAUGCAGAUAUAGUUAUCAGGGAGACUGGAGGUCUCUAAGUUCCCAUAUCUCAUACGUAGAACAUAAACUCUGGGCCCAUUCUCAGCUCACUAGCUAUGCACUAAUAGACAUAGAAAGAGGGAAAAAAAUAUUUAGAAGCUCUGCCUGUGCUUGCUCUAGCUUUUGAGCCGAAAUCUCCCACUCUAACAUUGGUUCACUCCAACAAUGGCUGCUCUGGUUACACCUUUCUUUUAUUGGCUGAAGUAAAACUCAUUCCCAACGAGACCUAUUCUUUUCAAAUGAUUCCUGCCUUGCAACAAUGCCUUUCUCUCAUUCACUGUGAACAAACAAGGUCAGCCAUACAAAAAAAGUCUUUAGUGGAAGACUGAGGUUUGGCCUUCAGGAUAAAUCAGUCUCCCGUUCAUCUCCUGAUGUUAAUGUAUACUUGUGCAGAUCUGACUGUCAGUAAAAGCAUGUGUCAAGGCGAGGGCCAUGAAAUACCAUUAAGACUUACAGCAGACCCUUCAAUCUAUCGUUCUGGUCAUCAAAUCAUUUUCUAUACUAUUUCCAUUUCCCAGUACUUGGUCUUGUAUGCUAUACUCAUUUAAAUUCUUUUUAAGUGCUGGUUGUCUCCACCAGCCCAUCAGGUGGUGGUUUUCAGAUUUCAAUCAUUCUCUGGGAACAAAAUAAUACCCUUGAAUCUCCUACUAUUUACCUUACUCUGUUACCUCUCGAUGCCUCUGCUAAUGGUCUGUUUAUCCCUCUCUGCCCCUCAUAAUUUUGUGUACCUCAGUCAGGUAAAAACUCUGGUGAAUUUCCUCUACAUCACAAAGGCUGAAUACUCAGGAAUGUGCGGUGUGCACACCAGCUCAUUGGUGUUGUCACAGGCAUCUUCAACAAUUCAGUCAUCCAGGCUGCUGUCCCCAUAUGCUUCAAAUCAGCCACCAUCACUGCACCUCAGAACUAAAUGACUACUGCCCAUCAUCAUGAAGUGCUUUGAAUGAUUGAUGAUGGUACUUAUCAAAAUCUCCAUUCCUGCCACACUGGACACUCACCAAUAUGCUUACUGACAGAACUGCUCUAUGACAGACUCCAUAGCAUCUGUCUUGCAUCUGGCCCUGACACACCUAGAAAACAAGGACUCUAUUGCUGGUUCAGGAUUUCAGUUUGGCAUUCAACACCAUUAUCGUCAGACACUGGUGAACAAACUCCUACUCCUUGGUCUAAACACACUACUGUGCACCUGGGUGUUAGACUUCCUAACUAACAGACCGGAUAGUCAAGAUGCACAACUGUAUCUCCCUCCCAUUCAUCUUCAACAGAGGUGCCCUCAGGACUAUGUGCUGAGCCCAUUGCUGUACAUUCUCAUCACACAUGACAACACGACCAAGCACCCAAGUAAUCACAUCAUUAAGUUGGCUGAUGACACGACAGUGGUGGGGCUCAUCACCAACAACGAUGAGAUGGACUACAGAGAGGAGAUGGAAGAGUGCCAGGCAAAUUAGCUCUUCCUCAAUGUCAACAAGAUAGAGGAGAUGGUUAUCAAUCUAAGGAGAACUUGUACUACUCUCAACCCUCUUAACAUCGGAAGCUAUUUCAAUUCCAGUGUGCACAUCUCGCACAACCUCUCAUGGUUCUCGAAUACAUCAUACACCAUCAGGAGAGCUCACCAAUACCAUACUUUCUGAAGAGAGCUGAACUAAGCACAUCAUUCUACAGAUGCAUUCUAUGCAUCACAGCAUAGUACGGAAACAUCACUGCAGCAGACAGCAAGGCUCUGCAACAGGUAGUCAAAACUGUUCCACACGUCAUCAGCACAAAACUACCACAAUCAAGGACAUGUAUACCAGUAACAUCAUAAAGGAUCCCUCCCAACCUGCUCAUGGACCUAUCAGAGAGGAGAUUAUAUAUCAUCUAUGCCAGGACCACUAGACUCAGACUCAAAAACAGUUUCUUUCCCUGAUCGUUGCAUUCAUCUGUGACGCGGAUUCAGGUGCCAGUGUUGGGCUUCAACUACUCAUUUGCCCACAUGUGUAUUCUAAAGGACAAUAAGAUGUGCGUUCUGGAUGAUAUUGUGCAUGUGCUGGAGGAGCUCAGGGCUGCGUGGGUGCAGAACCACACAGGAAUCAUCAUCAAUUACCCAAAUACCUACCUUAAAGAUGGCCGAGAGGUCUUCAUUGGGCAUCAGCUUGGAGGAGUUACUCUGCAAAACAAAGACCGGGUGAAGUCUGCCCGGGCAAUGCAAAUCACUUACUACCUGCAAACCCGCAAUUCUCUGAAUGACUUGGUGGCGGAGAAGUGGGAGUCGACUUUUUGCGAGACCAUUGAAAGCUUCCAGAAAUCCAAUAAGGAGCUGAAGCUCUAUCCAUUUACAUCUUCAUCGCUGAAGGAGGAUUUUCAGAAGAGCAGCCACGUUUCGGAGUGGUACCUGGUGACCAGCCUGCUGGUGGUUUGGAUUCUGGCCAUGCUGUGCUGUUCCAUGCAAGAUUGUGUUCGCAGCAAACCUUGGCUUGGGCUCCUGGGUCUAGUGACUAUGGCUCUGGCCACCCUCACCUCGGCAGGGAUCAUCAACUUGAUGGGAGGAAAGUACAACUCCACCUUCCUGGGGAUACCCUUCAUCAUUUUAGGACAUGGACUGUACAGCAUGUUUGAAAUGCUCUCGUCAUGGAGGGAGACCAUGGAGGACCAACAUGUGAAGGAGAGGAUCGCCACUGUGUAUGCCGAUACCAUGCUGCCCAUUACCUUCACCACUGCUAUGUACAUGGUAACCUUUGGCAUUGGUGCCAGCCCCUUCACCAAUAUAGAGGCCGUGAAGGAGUUCUGUGUUAACACGUGCAUAUCUAUACUUUUUAACUACCUCUACCUGAUGGCAUUCUACGGCUCUAAUUUGGUUUUCACUGGUUACCUGGAAAAUAAUUACCAGCACAGCAUUUUUUGCAGGAAAGUGCCAAAACCAGAUGAUCUUCAAGGUAAACCUGCCUGGUACAGGUUUAUCAUGAUGACCAAGUUCAACGAGGAGGCAACAGCUCCGGGUGACACGAGCACCUAUGAGAACCAUUUCCUGCUUUGGUUUUUGAAACAGUAUUAUUGUGACUGGAUUACAAACACUUAUGUCAAACCUUUUGUGAUUCUGUUUUAUCUCAUUUAUAUCUCCUUUGCCUUAAUGGGCUACCUGCAGGUCAGUGAAGGAUUGGACCUCAAUAAUGUGGUGGCUACAGAGUCUCGCACUGUCUCAUAUCACACUGUCCAGCAGAGGUAUUUUAGCAGCUACAGUCCAGUCAUUGGAUUUUAUAUCUACGAACCAAUAGAGUACUGGAAUGCCAGUGUUCAGGAGGAUUUGCUGGAAAUAACUGAAGGGUUUGUUCGAAUAUCAUGGUUUGAGUCGUAUUUAACUUACCUUAAAAAACUGAAUGUUACCACUGCAGUGUCCAGAAACUACUUCUUGGAAACCCUGAGGAAUUCCUUCCUAAAGACUCCUCAGUACAGUCAGUUCCUGGAUGAUAUCAUAUUGGUGAGGAAACCCAACAGUGAACUGGAGGUGGUUGCGUCCCGCAUGUAUUUGGUGGCCAAAACUGCAGAAAACACCAGAGAAGAGAUUUAUGAUCUACUUGAGACUCUGAGAAAGCUCUCUCUGACAUACAAGGUGAAGUUUAUGAUUUUCAACCCAUCCUUUAUCUACAUGGAUCGAUAUGCUUCGUCGGUGGGAGCACCCUUGCAGAACUCGUGCAUCAGUGCACUGUUUGUUCUCUUCUUCACUGCGUUCCUGGUGGCGAACUCUUUGGUGAACGUCUGGCUCAUCCUGACUGUAGCGUCAGUGGAGUUUGGGGUGAUUGGCUUCAUGACUCUGUGGGAAGUGGAAUUGGACUGUAUUUCUGUCCUUUGCUUAAUUUAUGGGAUAAACUACACCAUCGACAACUGUGCACCAUUCAUAUCUACAUUUGUCUUGGGUAAAGAUCUAACCAGGACGAAGUGGGUUAAAAAUGCUUUGGAACUGCAUGGAGUGGCCAUUUUGCAGAGCAACUUUUGCUACAUGGUCGGUAUUAUCCCACUUACUUCCGUGCCUUCUAAUUUGAUCUGCACACUAUUCAGGUGUCUGUUUCUAAUAGCGCUUUUCACCUUUCUCCACUGCUUUGCCAUUCUACCUGUGAUACUGACCUUCGUGCCACCUUCUAAGAAGCGAGCAGAAAGGAAGAGCCCCAACAACCUUGAAGAGGUUGAGUGCAUGGAAAUGGUGGACCUGGACGGGACCCGAGUGAUUGACCACAUCACCUCAGUCUGACGGACAUGUACAGCUAGGCAAUGCCAAUGGGGAUGGAGUGGAAGUGUAGGUGGAGUGGAGAAAAUCUAGCAUAGGGGAGAUGAAGGGGAAAAUAAAGGCCUGAAACUGUCAGCAAGGAAACAAACUUAGCUCUGGCUGAUAGUUUUACAGAGAUCCUACAGCACAGAAACAGAUAAUUUGGCCAAACUGGCCUAUGUCGCUGAUUUAUGCCCGACACAUCUCCUCAGAUCCACUUAAUCUCCUUUUAUUCCUUUCUCCCCCAUUCAAUGUAUCAACCAAACUACUCUGUGAGGCAUUGCCAGUCCCUGGGUAUAAAUGUUCCCCGCUGGAUUUAUUCUUUCCUUGCAUUAAUGACCACUGGUUUUGGUCUCUUCCCACAUUUGUGUUCUUAGCCUCUUUGCAAUUGUCUACACUGAUCACCCAGGAUACUGUGACUAGCUCAGGGCUGGAUUGCAAGAAUUAGACCAGUCAUCUGCUCACUCAUGCCCUUGCAGAAUGGAACAGCUGCUCUGCAGGUAAAACCCUAGGUGAUGUGGUGAAGGUACUGCCUAGAUAAUGGUUGUUAGUUGUACCAUUAAAUCCCUGAUGAAAGAUGUCACUUUUGAACUUGGGAACUAUGAGACGCUGGGAAGAGUCUGAUUUUGUGACCUUUCCUAGUGUGUCUAUUUAAUUAGUUAAAUGAUUCUAGAAUCAGUUAGUCUUUUCUAGGCUUCAAGUACAAUUAAUAAAGCUGGAUAUUGUCAGAGGGAGAAUUAUAGAUUAAGUCCAUAAUUCUCAGAUAUUGAGUUCUAACAGUAGCUAGAUUUAAAACACCUUAACAAAUAAAUUAGAUUAUUCAUGGAACUUAAUUUACCCAAUUGUCCUGUAUACGACAACAAGCACAUACUGAGGAGCAAGUGAUAUUGUCUUGAAUUUGAGUAAACAAACAGGUUUGAGGAGAAGUAGCAGAAGAUUACUCAAUCCCAAUGUACAGAUCCUCUGAUUUGGCACAAAUUUCAUAUAGAUACUUUUUCAAGGAAUUAAUCUGUUAGUUAUUACAAAUUGCAUUUGUUCUGAUCAAUAAUAGAUAAAAUGCUGCUUUUAUUUCCUGAUAAGUGUUGCACGUUUACCUCCUAAUUGCUGAAAUGUUUUAUUAGUGGAAGGGUGGAUGAUAUGUUACAAACUGCUGGUAGGAUGACUAUUACACACUAAAGAAUUGUUCAGAAAUAUUCAGGUUGGGCUUCUGCACGCAAAUAGUGUUCACACUGUCCGACUGUAAAUAUAUAACUUUUUAUGAAGCUGCUGCCACAUUAUUUAUGCACUGAGCACAUUGUGAUGAUGAUCUGCAACAAUCAGCCCAUUCAGAAAUUUGGACACUUUUCUUAAAAAUAGUCAUUAACUAACAGUAACUAAUGCAUUAGUUACUGAACAUAUCCUACACAAGGAAUUUUCCUCAAAGUGAAACGUUGGAUGUCAUUUCGUGUUAGAGAUGCAGUCAGGACUUCUAAAUCAUGUAGUCUCUUCCUCUCAAACAUUUAUUUCUAUUUUAGCAAUAUCCUCUUUAUUUUGGGACAAAUAGGAGCUUUUCUAAGCCUUAGGAAUAAUAUUGGAUUAGCACAGGGGGAGCAGGUGCCUCAUAACUGAUCCUUCAUAGAUCAUUCCCAAGUCUUUAAACAAGGAUCUCCAGACACAGUUUUGUAAAUCAUCUUUAUAUUUUGGUAUUAAAAUUGCACGAAAAAAUAUUGCUACCACUUUUUUCAUGAUAUUAAAUCUUGCCUUCAUUAGCUUUCAUUAGCUGGGACAUGGAAUGUAAGUACAUGGAGGUUAAGGUAACCUUAUAAAUGUCACAGCUGGAGUUCUGGUCACCCUGCUAUAGGAAGGGUGUGAUUGCACUGGAGAGAGCGCAGAGGAGAUUUAUCAGGAUUUUUAUUGGGAUGAAGAUUUCAGUUGUGAGCAGAGAUUAGAAGGUCUGGGAUUGUUUUCCUCAAACAAGAGGAAGCUGAGAAAGGACCUGAUACAAAAUUAUAAAGGGCACUGAUAAGAUAGAUGAUAAGCAACUUUACCUCUGAACAGAUUUGUCUAAAAUCAGAGGUCAUAGGUUUAGGAUAGGGAGUAUGAAAUUUAGAGGAGAUUUGAAGGUGAGUUCAAACCUGAGAAGAUCAAAUCUGAAGCAUGCUGCCGGAGGAUAUUUUGGAGGCGGGUACUCUCACAACAUCUAAAAUGUGUCAGGACAGAUACAUAAAUCACCAAGGCUUAGAAGGCUGAAAACCAACUGCUAGCAAAUUGUGUUAGUGUAGAUUAGUACUUGAUGGUCGGCAUGGAAAUGAUGGGCCUGCUUCUGUGCUCUAUGACUCUACAAUGCAGAAUUGUGCCUUGCAGUCCGCCAAGUCCACUCUGACCAACAAGCACCCAUGAAUGAAGCCCCCGGUAAAAGGUUGUUGCCUUCUCAGACAUGCCCUUGAGCUGGGAACUCAUAUCUUACAAACAUGAUUGGGUUUUUUGAGAAGGUGAUGAAGAUGAUUGAUGAGGAUUGGGUAGUGAAUAUUGUACACAUGAACUUCAGUAAAGCUUUUGACAAGAUCCCUCAUGCUAGCUUGAUCCAGAAGAUUAAGUAAUGCAAAAUCAAUGUUGGAUAGGAUUGGAUUCAAAAGUGACCUGACCACAGAAGACAAAGGAUAGUGGUGGGGGAGUGUUAUUCAGACUAGGGAUCUGUGAAGUUCUGCAAGGAUCAUUGCUGGGACCUCUUUAGUUUGGAUGUAAGUGUAGGUGGGCAGAUUAGAAAGAUUGCAAAUUACAAAAAAGUUGGCAUAUUGUAAGGAAGGUUGUCAGAGAAUUCAGCAGGAUAUAGACCAAUUAGAAAUUUGGACAGAGAAAUGUGAGGUGCUGUACUUUGGGAGGUCAGAUGUAAGAGGAAAAUAUACAGUAAAUAGCAGGACCAUUAGGAGCAUUGAUGUAGACGGGAAUCUUGGGGUGCAAGUCCUUAGCUCCCUUGAAGUGGCAAUACAAGUAGCAAGGGUGAUAAAGAACGUACAUGCCAUGAUUGCCUUUGUCGGUUGGGGUGACGAGUACACAAGUUGGGAAGUCAUGUUGAGGCUGCAUAAAGAUUAGGUUAUGCCACAUUUUAAGAUAUCAGCAACAAACUCAAAAUGCUGGAGGAGCUCGGCAGGCCAGGCAGAAUCUAUGGAAAAAAGUAUAGUCAAUGUUUCGGGCCGAGACCCUUCAGCAGGACUCGCGUGCAGUUCUGGUCAGCAAAGUACAGGAAGAUGUGGGCACUUGGACGAGGGUGCAGAAGAGGAUGCUGCUUGAAUUAGAGGGUAUCAGCUACAGCAAGAAGUUGGACAAACUUGGAUUGUUUUCUCAGGAGCAUUAAAGGUUCAGAGGCGAUCUACUUAAAGGAUACAAAAUUAUGAGAGGUGUAGAAGUGAAGUGUAACACCCUGAUGUUUUCCAACACAUGUCACAAAGACUGUCCAGUAGAUGAACAAACUCUUUCAUCCAACCUCCUGGCUGUCAUUCCUAAAAUAAAUCCUAAUCCCAAUCAGAUUUUAUGCAUUUUCAGUUUGAUAGCAGCCAGCCAGAUGAGAACAAAAUGAAACGGAGGCAGAAAAUAAAUCUCACAGUGAUCAGCAUUGUGGAGAAAACAGAGCAGUCAAUGUGGAUCAUCAGUAACAAGUAAACAAGUAACCUUUUCCAAAGAUCUAAUACACUUAAAGACGACAUCCAGAUUGGAGAAGUUAUUCAGACAUACAGACAUACACUGUCUCUCUCUCUCUCUCUCUCUCUCUCUCUCUCACACACACACACACACACACACACACACACACACCCCCCCCCCCAAUGUAAGAUUGCUGACCGGGGCCAGAGUUGGUUGGAAAUGUGACUGCAGAUGUUUUCCAGGCAGAGACGAUUAAUGCGCCAGUUACUCCAGUUGUUCAGUGACUAUGUGCUGAAGGCAGCAUUGAGAAUGGAGGGACAAAAUGAAGCCGUGGCUUGAGCUUCCUACAGAUCAUUGAGAUGUGUGGGAACUGAGGGGGCACCUUCUAUGAAUUGGGGCUGCCCAAAGUUCAGUGGUAUACUGUCAGAUUGAAAGAACUUGUGGGAGACAAAUACUGGGCUCAAACCAAAUGUUGCUCAUAGUGGGUGAGAUAUCACUUCAUUUCGGUACCUAUUUAAGAUGCAUUCUCUUUUGAUUCUGAAUGAAAAAAUGUUUAGAGAUUUUUUAAUGAAAUGUAUGCGGUAACAGACGUUUGUAGUGAGAUAUAAUGUUUGCCUGCCAUCCAUACAGAUCUUUCCAUGCAGAAGGACAGAGAGUUGGCAGAAAAGGAUGCAACAGCAGAAUGCAGAAUAUAGUGUUACAGCUAUAAAUGACAGUGUGGUAUUGGCAGGUAGACAAAUAAAGCACAAGACCAUCAGCAAGGAAGCCAUAAAGGUCCUUCAUCUUGACUCUUUGUGGGCAAUGUGUAGGGUGCAGCAGAACAGGGAAAUCCAGCAAUAAAUGCCAAAUAUAAGUGUUCACUUGUUCAAAGCUGACACAACUUAAAGAAUGACUGAUAAAGAUUUCAAAGCUCCUUCCAGAGAAUCAAUAACAAUAGAGCACCAAGCACAGCUUCCAUUUAGCGGUCCAGAUUAAGGGUCUGAACUUGAAGCAUUUCCCUUUAAAGAUGUGUCCAACCAGCUGAGUUCCUCCAGUGCUUUGUGUGUUGCUUCAGAUUCCAGUGUCUUCAGCUUCUUUUAUCUGCUUCCAACCAAACCCUUAAGUUUCCUUCUGGUUUAAAAUAUCUUAAGCUCACCCUUGAAAAUUAUGAUUUGGCCCACAAUGUUCAUGUUACAUGGAGGCACAAAAGACCAUAAAUACUGGAAACUGGAGCAAAAAAAACAACUGUUGGAGGAGCUCAGAGUGUCAGACAUUAACAGAAGUCAAAAUGAACCAAAGCAGUGUUUGUCAAUUCUCCUCCACAAAUAGUGUCUGUCCAUUAUCCUCCACAGAUAGUGUCUGUCCGUCACCCUCCAUGGA